ACAACUGGGAUUUAGAAAGCUUUCUUUCUAACUCUUUCCCCUACUACCCCGCUGCUGUUGCACACGAGGGGUGUUUGGCAGUUAUUUCUGUCAAACGGUCACCUGGUCGUGGCCUUCUUCUACCCCAUUUAGGAGCUCAAGCAGGCUUUGGGACGCAUAUUUUGGGGAUAUUUUUCCCCCAGCCGGGGUCGGACUAUGGCGGACGACGACAUUCUCUUUGAAGAUGUGUACGAGCUCUGCGAGGUCAUUGGCAAGGGUCCCUUCAGCGUGGUGAGGAGAUGCAUCAACAGAGACACGGGGCAGCAGUUUGCUGUCAAAAUCGUGGAUGUGGCCCAGUUCACCUCCAGUCCUGGACUCAGCACGGAGGAUUUGAAGAGAGAGGCCAGUAUCUGCCACAUGCUGAAGCACCCCCACAUUGUAGAGUUGCUGGAGACGUACAGCUCAGAUGGGAUGCUCUACAUGGUUUUCGAGUUUAUGGAUGGAGCAGACCUGUGUUUUGAGAUUGUGAAGAGGGCAGAUGCUGGCUUUGUCUACAGUGAAGCAGUGGCCAGUCACUACAUGAGGCAGAUCCUGGAGGCGCUACGCUAUUGCCACGACAACAAUGUCAUCCAUCGAGACGUCAAGCCUCACUGUGUGCUGCUGGCGUCCAAAGAGAACUCUGCUCCAGUGAAGUUAGGCGGGUUCGGAGUAGCCAUCCAGCUCGGCGAGUCAGGACUGGUGGCAGGAGGUCGAGUAGGAACUCCCCACUUCAUGGCGCCCGAAGUGGUGAAGAGAGAGCCGUAUGGUAAGCCUGUGGACGUGUGGGGCUGUGGAGUCAUCCUCUUCAUCCUCCUCUCAGGAUGUCUGCCUUUCUACGGCACCAAAGAGCGUCUGUUUGAAGCCAUCUGCAAGGGAAAAUACAAGAUGAAUCCGCGACAGUGGAGCCAAAUUUCAGAGAGUGCAAAGGAUCUGGUGAGGCGCAUGCUGAUGCUGGACCCUGCUGAGAGGAUCACCGUCUACGAGGCACUCAACCACCCUUGGCUCAAGGAGAGGGACCGCUACGCCUACAAAAUCCACCUCCCAGAGACUGUUGAACAGCUGAGAAAGUUCAAUGCCAGGAGGAAGCUCAAGGGAGCUGUAUUGGCUGCAGUGUCCAGUCACAAGUUUAACUCGUUUUAUGGAGACCCCCCUGAGGAACUCCACGACUUCUCUGAUGACCCCACCUCCUCAGGGGCGGUGUCUCAGGUGUUGGACAGUUUAGAAGAGAUCCACGCUUUGACAGACUGCAGUGAAAAGGAUCUAGAUUUCCUCCACAGUGUUUUCCAGGACCAACAUCUACACACGUUGCUCGACCUCUACGAUAAGAUCAACACCAAGUCGUCCCCACAGAUCAGAAACCCACCCAGUGAUGCCGUGCAGAGAGCCAAAGAGAGUUCCUCCCAGGACGAAGCAAGUGGCGCUUUGAAACAUCUGGAAUAUGUACUGGAAGAGAUCUCCUGCUACCCAGAGAACCACGAAGCUAAAGAACUCAGACGGAUACUGACCCAGCCGCAUUUCAUGGCCUUGCUGCAGGCCCACGACGUGGUCGCCCACGAGGUUUACAGCGACGACGCUCUGAGGGUGACACCUCCUCCCACCUCGCCCUACCUGAACGGGGACUCACCUGAGAGCACCAACGGAGACAUGGACCUAGAGAACGUCACCAGAGUCCGUCUGGUCCAGUUCCAAAAGAACACAGAUGAGCCCAUGGGCAUCACGUUGAAGAUGAAUGACUCAAACCACUGCAUUGUGGCGAGAAUAAUGCACGGGGGAAUGAUCCACAGACAAGGAACCUUGCACAUAGGAGAUGAGAUUAGAGAGAUCAACGGUAUCAGUGUGGCCAACCAGACUGUUGAGCAGCUGCAGAAGAUGCUGAGGGAGAUGCGAGGCAGCAUCACAUUUAAGAUAGUGCCGAGUUACAGGAUGCAGGGCUCCUCGUGUGAGCUGUUGUAUCUCACUGAACCAUGUCUCUCUGUCAUCAACGGCUUACUUCCACAGGACCUGCCGUCCACCAUUCAGCCCAAAGGUCGACAGAUUGUAUCCAGACCUCCAAUCAAGGACAAAAUGUCUGUUAAGAUCUACGUGAGGGCUCAGUUUGAAUACGACCCCUCCAAAGACGAGCUCAUUCCCUGCAAGGAGGCCGGGAUUCGCUUCUGCGUGGGCGACAUCAUCCAGAUCAUCUCCAAAGACGACCACAACUGGUGGCAAGGCAAACUGGAGAACAUGAAAAAUGGAACGGCGGGCCUUAUCCCGUCGCCAGAGCUGCAGGAGUGGCGCGUGGCAUGUAUAGCCAUGGAGAAGACCAAGCAGGAGCAACAGGCCAGCUGCACCUGGUUUGGCAAGAAGAAGAAGCAGUACAAAGACAAGUAUUUGGCAAAGCACAACGCAGUGUUUGACCAACUAGAUCUUGUCACAUAUGAAGAGGUCGUGAAGCUUCCUGCUUUCAAGAGGAAAACACUAGUUUUGUUAGGUGCUCAUGGAGUGGGCAGAAGACACAUCAAGAACACACUCAUAACCAAACACCCCGACAGAUUUGCCUACCCCAUCCCACACACAACCAGACCCCCAAAGAAGGAUGAGGAGGAUGGGAAGAACUACUUCUUUGUUUCCCAUGACCAGAUGAUGCAGGACAUCAGCAACAAUGAGUACCUGGAGUACGGCAGCCAUGAGGACGCCAUGUACGGAACGCGGCUGGAGACCAUUCGGAAGAUCCACCAACAGGGACUUAUAGCUAUACUGGAUGUGGAACCUCAGGCCCUGAAAGUCCUGCGAACAGCAGAGUUCGCCCCUUACGUCGUCUUUAUCGCUGCGCCAACGAUCACACCAGGCAUCAACGAGGACGAGUCUCUCCAGCGGCUGCAGAAGGAGUCAGAGAUCCUGCAGAAGACCUACGCCCACUACUUCGACCAGACCAUCAUCAACAAUGAGAUCGACGAGACCAUCAGGCACCUGGAGGAGGCCAUUGAUCUGGUGUGCACCACCAGCCAGUGGGUCCCUGUGUCCUGGGUCUACUGACCUGCAGCCGUGAACUACACCUCCUCCUUCCCUAUUUUCUCCUUCGCUUCCAUUACUCUCUCUCUCUCUCUCCCCCUCUCUCUCUCUUUCUCUCUCUGUCUCUCUCUCUCUCUCUCGCUCUCUCUCUGCUCUUUCUUCUCCCUUCCCAGCAACAACAUGUCAGCCAAACUCCCAUCAUUCCCUCUUCGAAAUAAUAAAGAAACAAAAAACAAUUAACAAAAAAAAAACCAAUGGGAAACCUCUCUCUACACUGCACUUGAUCGAAAACACCCUCAGCGUACUGUGAAAGCGACCACAGAAUUCAACUGAAAUCCUCUUGAACACUGCACAAACACCUGCAGCAGCCAAUCGGACUUUUGCCCUUACAGACAACCUAGUCAUAGUGUUGUAUAAAAACAGAGUAAAAAUGAAUAUUGUCAUGUCUGUACUAGCUAGGAGGCAACAUUUUUGUAGAUGUUUGUUUUAAAGAGACAGUACUGUGUCCCGUCCUCCCAUGUUGGUGCACUGCUAGCCUCCCACGUCUCCGCCACCAUCCCUCCAUCGCAUUGUAGUCCUGUUGGGUGUUGUACUGAACCAUCUCUAAGAAGACACAGUCAGUGGGUAUUCUGUCUGACAGCAGACUGAAGUAAAAGCACACAAACACACUGCUGUCUUCCCAUGUAUAGAUCAUGUCAGCAGUCCUCAUUAUUUAUUCAUCCCUGUUCUUUUAAAAGCCGUAACGCUGGUUUACAUCAUGUCACGACUCUCCUGUUGUCAAACCCCGGUACAGUAACAGUAUCGCCACGCACACACUCACACACACACACGCACCUUUCUACCUACCAGGUACUGUCUCUUCUAAAUAAAUCCAUAAGUGUUAUAGAGAUUUGAAUGAGGUAAAUCAUGCAUGUGGACAUUUUGCAAGCUUCCAUGCUGUCAGUCAGUCAGUGUUCCUCGUGUCCCUCUGUAAACCUCCGAGAAAGAAAAGAAUAAAACAAAAACGUGUUUGUUUGUUUUUUAAAAAGGAGAGAAAAAAACAUUCCAGCUGUUUGGAAGAACUCAGCCAAGGGAAGCAAGAGGGGCCAAGAAAAAAACUAACAAAAAAAAAACAGCGACGGAGCCAGAUGUUGACUUGACACCUAUGCACAUCCCUUGCAUUUCAGGUGACAUUUCUAAACCACAGAUUUAUAAAAGAUCAACCAUGUAGUGAGAUGUGUUUGUAAAAAAAAAGGAGAAAAAAAGAAUCAAAUAAAAGUCUUGAUUUUUCUCUUUUUGAUUUGUCAUACUGUACACCUCGUUUUGCCAUUUCAGAAAUGUUAUGUACUACUGGUGUUCCAAUCGAGUUUAAAAUUGACGAGAGAUAAAAUGCUGAUUUUUAUCCUGCAACUGUGUAAACUGUCUGCAAAGGAUGUGCACACCAUUCAUUCUGCAAGGUUGACGACUUUGCUAGGGGAGAGGAGGCAGUGUGUGCAUCUGAAUAACCGUGUAUAUGAAUAUGACCGACUGACAUACAACUGCCCUUGUGUAAAUGACUCUGCAAUGAUAACAGUUCUUCAGUAUGAACAGUUUUUUAAAUAUAUUACCUUUUAUGUGUUGGAAAAA